AUGGCAGACUGUAAGUCCAUCUCUACCCUACUAGUGGUCAGUGAUAAACUCAAGAAGGGAGACGGUACCGAAGGAGAAGACCUCAACCUCUACAGAAGUAUCAUAGGGAGUCUCCUCCACCUCUCUAAUACUCGACCUGACCUUAUGUUUGCCUCAAGUCUCUUAAGCAGGUUCAUGCAUUGUGCAACAAGAGUGCACAUGGGAGCUGCCAAACGGGUCCUUAGGUACAUCCAAGGCACCCAGAAUUUUGGGAUCCAUUUUGAGAAGAACUCCUCAGCAAAGCUAUUCGGAUUCUGCGAUAGUGACUGGGGAGGUGAUGAAUAUAACAUGAAGAGUACCUCUGGAAACUGCUUCACACUCGGAUCGGGUGUGUUCUCCUGGGCGUCGAUGAAGUAG